ACCUUCAAUAGCCACGUAGACUACACAACUGGAAGAAACCCGUAUAGUGUCACAGUCGGUGAUUUCAAUAACGAUUCAAAACUGGAUCUGGCUGUGCCAAACUUUAGCGACAGUUCAGUCAGCAUUCUCCUCGGCAACGGUGAUGGUACCUUUCAGACCCAAGUACAGUACAGAACUGGAUCGAGUCCAACUAGUGUCGCAUUUGGAGAUUUUAACGGAGAUUCGAAAAUGGAUUUGGUCGUUGGAAAUGCUAAUGGCAAUACGCUCAAUAUUUUAAUGAACGGAUGUUAAUAAUUUUAUUUCUGUAUAGCUUUUUGUUUUUAUUCAUGUGAGUUUUUAUUGCAGUCAAAAGGCAUCUAAUUGCUUCUUCUAAUCUCGCGAUUCUUUUAAUGCUUAUUUUGACUUUCGAAUGUUUUUUGGAUUUAUGUCGACAGACAUUUAGUGUUUCUGUGGAGAAAGUUUGUUUACUUUUUUUAAUACCCUUAUUAAAAAACUUUUGAAAGUAACUUUUCUGAAUUCAGCAUUAAAAACUGAGCAUGACGUUGAAGUAAAAGGACAAUCAAGUACGGACGUCUUGGACUUCCUUGCAAAAGGUGCCUGAUCAAUUUUGCAAAGGUGUCUAACUUUUCUAUGAAGAAAUGAUGCCGACUUUUUAUUUCAUUAGAACUGCCAUUAAACGAGCUGAAAGUUCCGAUGUUAAUGCUGAAUUUCGAAAACUUUUGAAACAAUUGUUAUUGUUUGGCAAGCAGCAUUUAUCGCAAGCAAAACCCUGCAGAGCUUGUCACUGGACAGAUUGGCAAUAUACUUCUCAAUGUAGCGAAACGUGUGGUAACGGUCAGGUGCAACAGGAGCGAUUCUGUAUUGAUAAUGAAAAACUACCAUGCAGGGCUAGGACAAGUACAAGUACCUCAAGUAAAAGUAUUAUACUUGUACUUGCAAAAAUGUACUUGAUACUUGUACUUAUACUUUAA